UCUCUCUCUCUCUCUCUCUCUGGCUCUGGUAUAAGAGCACAUUUGUGAUGGAGUCCACAUUAGUUCACUUUUAUGCUGUGGAGAUGAGCGCUUGGAUAGCAAGCUCCAACCCGGCCAUGAAACUUAUUUUGCUCUUCACAGCUUCCCUCACCUGGGCCUUCCAGCAGCAGGCUGAGCUAUCCAAGUACCAGUACCGAGACCCGGUGACCUCCGACCUCCUCUUGUGUGACCAGUGUCCCCCUGGCACGGCCGUGAAGAAACACUGCACUGCUGAGAGGGCCACAGAGUGCCAACCCUGUCCAGAGAGGCAUUUUGCAGACAGCUGGCACUGGGGGGACUCGUGCCAAUACUGCACUUUGGUAUGCAAAGAGAGACAGCUGGUGAAACAAGAAUGCAACAGCACCCACGACCGAGUGUGCGAGUGCGCGGCAGGUUUCCACCUCGUGGUCGAGUUCUGCAUCACACACAGCUCCUGCCCACCCGGCUAUGGGGUGACGGAUUUAGGUACACCAUUGAGUGACACUGUGUGCAAGCAAUGCCCCGCUGGUCAUUUCUCCAGCAGCCGCUCGUCCACAGAACCAUGUCGACCCCACAGAAACUGCACAGAUUCAGGCCUGAAGACACUGCGAUGGGGAACGUCCACUUCAGACAGCAUCUGUGGAAGUCAAGACCAAAUUAUGGCCGUUGAUUGUGUUCAUCGGCACACUUUGUGCCACACAGAUGUGCUCUUGUGUGAGGAAGCAGUCUUCCAGUCGCUUGCCUCCCUGCAGCUGUCCUCCGUGCCCCUGGAGCGUCUACUGGAGAGUCUUCCGGGCCGCAGGGUGGAUGGCAAGAGUGUGGAGAGGCUGAAGAAGGCCUGUUCACCACAGCAGCAAGUCUUCCAGCUGCUGAAGCUGUGGAGGCAGCAGAACAAGGACCAGGACAAGUUGUAUGGCAUCAUAAAAGGUGUGAAUAGCUGCGAGCGGAAGGUCUCCCGCUGCAACAGCCUGAAAAACGUAACUUUGGGCGACCUCUUGGAGGUCACGAACAGCUUGCCCGGGGUAAAAGUUCAUCGGGAGGACGUGUUGGCGCUCGUGGCUACUUGUCUCCCCAAGCAGUACAUGUUGCAACUCCUCCACCUUUGGAAGACCGCCAACUUUGACAUGGAUUUGGUCAAAGGUCUUUCUCACAGUCUGAGGGUGCUCCGCAACAAAGGCGCACCUCGGUAUCUUCUGAAGGGCCUGAAGAAGAUCAGCCGCAUUGUCGGAUCUACGUCUACACGCAAGACGUAUGAGAAGAUGUUUGUUAGCAUGCUGCAGGAUGAGCUGUGUUUUAAAACGCUUAAGCCGUUCAAUGAAUGAGGGCAAGAUUUCAUUUAGGGAUGGGCAUUAGACUAAAUUUACUUUAUGAGACUAUGGGGCAAAUCAAAGUCUAAUUAGUGUUACGUCAACUAUUUUUUUCAUUUUUGAAUGGUCGAGAAGAUGGUCAUCACAUCUGCCUGGCACUUCUGAGGUUUCAUGGUUCAAAUCCUGAAUCCAGCCUAUGGAGAAUGCAUGAAUGAAUGCAUAUCAACUGCAUGUUAGGUCAACUGAAGACUAAAUUGUCCAUAAGUGUGAAAGUGAGUGUAAAUAGUUGUUUGUCUAAAUGUGAGUGACGGGCAAUCAAUUCAGGGUGCAUACCGCUGUUUGCCCAAAGUCAGAUACUAUAGACUCCAGCCCACCUGCGAACCCAAAUGAGGACAAAAGCUAUAAAAAAAUGAUCAAUGGAUGAUUGGGAAAAAUGUCACUCGUUUUGUUCUGAACUCCUGUUUUUAGUUUAUUAUUGUGUCGAAUAAUGUUUCCAAUAUCUUGCAUCAUGUUCUUCCUCAUACCUCAAACUAGUUGGCCGUAAAUCAACAGCGCCUUGACUGUUGGGUGCAUGAAGCUGAAUCACUGAAUUCCACACAAUUGAUGAUAAAUUAGAUUGACUUGAUUUUUAUGCCCAUCCUUAGCUUCAAUUAACACUAAACUUCAAGGCAGACACACAAAGUGAUUAGUUAUAAUUACACCUAAAUCCAAUACAGAAGCUGUAUUUGUAAUGUAAAAUUAACAUUACCUCUGUAAAGUUUUGCUGUCGGUCUGUAUUAUUAUUAUUAUUACAUUAUUAUUAUUGUGUGCAUUCCUAAAGUGGGUUUCAUGAUGGCAUCAAGAGUGUAGGAUGCUACUUAAGUAGCUGAGCUACACACAUAGUAAUCCUAGGCAAUUACAAUUCCACUGGUCAACAGCAUAUUUUCAUCAGAGAUGUUCGUAUGUCUUUACUUUUUUUUUCUUGCACAUCAGGCUUUUGAGAUAUUUUCAUUUUGACCUAUAAUUCCUUGCGCAAUACAGGUUUACCAUGUGUUGUAAUUUAUAGCUAUUACAUUGUAGAACAAAAUCCACCUGUUGCUGCACCUAACCCUCAAUCCAUAAAUAUGACUACAUAUAUGACUAGAUUACAUGUAAUAUUAUUAAUAUAAUGAACAUAGACGAAUUGUAUAUGAUCAUUUAUAUUACAUAUAAUGUAAUUUUGGGGAAAAUAUUUCAUUGGAGUCAUUUGAAUCUGUGAAAAGAAAUAUUUGAAACUAUUUAAAAUGUAAAUAGUACUAUUUUAUGAAAAGUGGGCUAGCAAAUUUGAGUGGUUUUCUUUUUGCUUUCUCUGAAUUUGAGAGGAAGGAUUUGAUUUCAUAAUCAAAUCCAGGUAAGAGCUAUACCUGUAUGUCCUUUGUUUCUUGCUUUUGUCUGUGACUGCUGGCAAGUGAAGCUUAUAGGAAUUUUAUUAUGUAAUUGUCAGCUUUAUGAAUGUACAAUUGUGUACUAUUUAAGAAAAUGGAAAUUUAAUUUUCCAUUCUAUGUAAAGGCUUUUUUUAAUUGCUUUAUGAGAAAUACUGGAUUCUAAAUGCUGCAAAUUUUUGAAGGGAUGUGUUUAUUUUUUUCACUUUUAAUAUUAUGAACUUUGUUGUAUAUAACACUAAUGCCAAAUGAUUUGUACAAAUGCAUUGCUUGAUAAAAGUUUGGACUUUUUCUCC